AGCAAAAUGAGGAUAAUAACUUGCUUGCUCUUUGGCCUCUCGUUGCUGUUGGCUUACGUGCACUCCAAUCCUAUCGUGGAAACGGAGGACCUGAAUCCGUUGAACGAGAUAUACGUGGUGGAGGCCGAGGAUGACCAGGGGGACGAGGGCAGGGCCGACAGGGACAAGAGGAAGAUCGCCGUGGCGAAGCUGGGUAUAUCGAACGGGAUAAUCAACUUCGUGUUCAACAAGCUGGAUUCCUUGAUCGACGCCAAGACCAAAGCUCUGUCCGACCUGGACGAGGCGAACAAGGUAAAGAACAAGGCUUACGGGAUCGAUGUGAACAAGUCGGCCACCAGCAGGUUCAUCAGCGAGCUGGUGAACGCGAAAAUUCAAUCGGCGACUGGAAGUAUCGGGCCGGUGGUGAACACGGCCCAGAACUUCUUCUCGAACACGAAGAGCGGAUUGACCAACGCCUUCGUCUCGAAAUUGGCCCCGCUCAGCUCGAUCGCCACUGGUUUGAGCUCUCCACCCUCCACCGGGGACAACAAGGAGAAUCUCGAUACCAAAGCGACGAACGCGCUCAGCUUUCUGGGAAACAUUUUGAACGCCCAGUUAACAACAUUGUCGAACUCGAAGGGUCUUUCUAGCGAUUCACCGUUUUCCGAAGGGAUCUCGACCACGACGGAGGAGGAUAUCCCCGAAUUCGAUAGAACGAAGGUGAACUUGGACAUACCGCCGGUCGUGUUCGGCAGCGGUUUCACCACAAUCACCAAUAUCAGCAAAAUCCUGAGCAACGUGAUCACCAACUCAGCUCGUCGAACGCAAACGUUGUUAGAGGUGUUCAAACCGUUCUUCCGUGGAGUUUUCGCGAUCAAGGGCCUACCUUCGGAUAAUCCCCAUUAGAGGGUGCUUCUCUCGAGGAUUCUGGGAUCAACUGCCAUUUCAACGGACGAUUUUCACGGAGAAUCCUGUUCGACGCGCUGGAAGAA